AUGGCUGAAGAAGAAGCCAAGAGUGUAGAAAUAAUGGCCGAAGGAGAAGCCAAGAGUGUAGAGAUAGUGGCUGCAGAAGAACCUAAAGGUUUGGAUUACAUACCGGAGGUGAUUCUGAAGAAGAGGAAGAAGAGAGAUGAGCUUGCCUUUAUCAGGAAGCAGCAACUAGAGUUGGGAAAAUACAUCAAGAAGAAGCAGCAAAAGAAAGUCGCUGAUAUCAAACGCCCAGAAGAUUUCGUGCUUGAGUACAGGAAUAAGGAACUAGAUCUUAUUCGGAUGAAGCAAAGGGUAAAGAGGCCAAAGGCAACUCCUCCACCGAUACAAUCAAACCUGGUUUUCAUCAUACGCAUUCAAGGAGGGAAUGAUAUGUGCUCAAAGACCAAGAAGGUUCUUAACAGCUUGCGAUUAAGGAGCACCUUUACUGGAGUAUUUGCCAAAGCAAAUGCUGGUUUAUUCCAAAAGCUUCUGAAAGUGCAGCCUUACGUUACUUACGGAUACCCGAAUGAGAAGAGCGUUAAGGACCUCAUAUUCAAAAAGGGAUACACAAUUAUAGAAGAAAAGCCUGUUCCUCUUACCGACAACAAUAUUAUCGAGCAGGCUCUAGGAGAACACGAGAUCUAUUGUCUCGAAGACAUUGUGAAUGAGAUUGCAAGGGUUGGUGAUCAUUUCACAGAUGUUAUGAAGUUCUUGGGACCCUUGAAACUCAACAAGCCCGAGGCCGGUGUUUUGCACGGCAAGAAGAAUGUUUUCAGCGAUGGAGGAGAUACCGGAGACCGCCAAGACAAGAUCAAUGAUCUCAUCAACAAGAUGAAUUAG